GGCCGGUGGCGGCGGGGGGUGCCGCUCACCGCCUGCUAUUCUAGAAUGCGGGUUCUGUAGAGAAAGCCAGGCGACGCGGCGGUGACCCCCGCCCCGGGCCCUCGUGCCAGCGACUCAGGCCCCGAGAGGCUGGCCGUUUAAGGAAGGCGUAGCGGUCGACCGGACCCCCUAGGCCCCUCGACACGCUCCCCGCCGCCCCGAGCGCCCGGCCCCCUCCCACCGGCACGCCCCUCCGCCCCGCCCGGCGGGAACGGGCCUUUCAGCGACCCUCGCUCGCCGCCGCGCCGUUCUCCGCCGCCGCCAUGGACGCGUACCCCCCGCGCCGGCUGGAUCUGCCCGGCGCGCGGUCCUCCGGCGGCUCCGGCCGCGGGUCGCCCUCCGUCAGUUGCAGCCGCCUCCGCCGGGUUCAGAGCAUCCUGACCCAGAGCAGCAAGUCUCAGCCUGAUGGGAUCCUCUGCAUCCUAGGAAUUGAUAGCAGAUAUAAUGAAGGCUGCAGAGAGUUGGCAAAUUAUCUUCUGUUUGGUUUGUACAAUCAGAAUAUCUGUGAUUUUGAGAAAACAGGAUUUUCUGAAGAAGUUCUAGAUGAUGUGAUUAUACUGAUUAAAUCAGACAGUGUCCAUCUGUACUGUAAUCCCGUGAACUAUCGCUAUCUCUUACCCUUUGUUGCACAUUGGAGAAAUCUGCAUUUCCACUGCAUGACUGAAAAUGAGUAUGAAGAUGAGGAAGCUGCAGAAGAAUUUAAAAUUGCCAGCUUUGUGGACAUGGUUAGAGACUGCAGUAAAAUUGGGAUUCCUUACAGUUCCCAAGGUCAUUUGCAAAUAUUUGAUAUGUUUGUGGUGGAGAAAUGGCCAAUUGUACAGGCCUUUGCACUGGAGGGUAUUGGUGGGGAUGGAUUUUUUACAAUGAAAUACGAGUUACAAGAUGUGAGUUUGAAUCUCUGGAAUGUCUACGGCAAGAUGGAUCCUGUGUCUCUGGAAACUUUGCUUGCAGAAGAUCUGGUGGCUUUUGAACAUCAAUGGACUAGCUUCUUCGCUAACUUCGACACAGAAAUUCCUUUCCUGUUAGAGCUUUCAGAAUCUCAGGCUGGUGAGCCUUUCAGAAGUUACUUCAGUCAUGGAAUGCUCUCGAGCCACAUAACUGAAAACAGUCCUAAUAGGCAGCCAUUUGUUCUCUUUGGCAAUCAUGCCACACGGGAAAACCUGAAUGCCGGCAACUUUAACUUCCCUUCCGAGGGGCACCUGGUACGCAGCACUGGUCCUGGUGGGAGCUUUGCCAAACACAUGGUAGCACAGUGUGUCUCACCAAAAGGACCUCUUGCUUGUUCCAGAACAUACUUUUUUGGAGCUACUCAUGUUCCUUACUUAGGUGCUGAUGACAAGCCACCCCAGAAAACGGAGCAAAUUAGGCUCUUGUCCCAGAUAUACACUGCUGUUAUUGAGGCUGUUUUGGCUGGCAUUGCAUGUUAUGCUAAAACUUCCAGUCUAACAAAGGCCAAGGAGGAAGCAGAGCAGAUCCUGGGGUCUGGGUUAGAUUCCUUUGACUUGACUCCAUUUAAGGCAGCCCUACGCUCCAAGACAGCUUUUCAUAUACACGCUGUAAAUAAUCAGGGAAGAAUUGUAUCUCUGGGCAAUGAAGACAGCUUGUCCGUGGUGAAGACGGCUUGCAUGGCCGUCUAUGACAUUCCUGACUUGCUGGGAGGAAGAGGCUGCUUAGGAUCUGUGGUCUUCUCAGAAUCUUUCUUGACAUCUCAGAUUUUGGUUAAAGAGAAUGAUGGCACUGUUACUGCAGAGACCAGCUCCAUAGUCCUGACAGCCACCAUACCCAGAUUCUGCUCCUGGCUGGUAGAAGAUAAGGAAGUGAAGUUGUAUGAGAAGACUCAGCAAGCAAUGAAGGAAGAUGAGUUUUUCCUGGGCACUUUUCUGGCAGGAGGAGAAGGAGCGUAUCUUUAUUCCAGCAAUCUACAGUUCCGGCCUGAGGAGGGGAAAGUGCAUUUCUUCUCUGGUGGCCUUCUGUUUUUUCAUCGUCAUCAUGGAAAUAUCGUCAUUUCCAAGGAUCAUAUGAAUUCCAUUUCCUUCUAUGAUGGGGAUUCCACCAGUGUUGUUGCUGCUCUUCUCAUAGACUUCAAAAGCUCUUUGCUUCCUCAUCUCCCCGUUUAUUUUUAUGGAUCACAAAAUUUUCUGAUGAUUACUCUUUCUCCAAAAUCAAAGCUAUACCAAGCAUUUUAUUCAGAGGUCUUCUCCCCCUGGCAACAGCAGGAUAACUCGGGGCUCUCUUUAAAAGUGAUUCAGGAAGAUGGAUUAUCUGUGGAACAAAAGAGAAUCCACUGCAGUGCACAGAAGCUCUUUGGGGUCCUGAGCCAUCCUGCUGGGGAGAAGCGGAGCUCUCUGAAGCUGCUCUCAGCCAGACUCCCAGAGCUGGACUGGUUUCUCCAGCAUUUUGCCAUCAGCAGCAUUAGUCGAGAGCCUGUGAUGCGGAGCCAUCUCCCAGUUGUGCUGCAGCAAGCUGAAGUCAGCCCUGAGCACAGAACAGACAUUGACAAGGUUGUGAUCAGCAUUGUAACUGGCCUCCCAGGUUGUCAUGCUAAUGAGCUCUGUGCUUUUCUGGUCACUCUGCAUAAAGAAUAUGGCAGGUGGAUGGUGUACCGCCAGGUCAUGGACAGCUCCGAGUGCUUCCAUGCCGCCCACUUCCAGAGAUACCUGUCCAGUGCCCUGGAUGCCCAGCAGAACCGCUCUGCCCGUCAGGCAGCUUACAUCCGCAAGAAGACCAGGCUGUUGGUGGUGUUACAAGGCUACACGGAUGUCAUUGAUGUUGUCCAGGCACUGCAGACCCACCCAGAUGCAAACGUCAGGGCCUCCUUCACCAUUGGUGCAGUCACAGUGUGCGUGGAGCCCCAGAGCUGCUACAUGGAGCACAGAUUUCUCUUCCCUAAAUGUCUUGACCAGUGUUCACAAGGCCUGGUGAACAAUGUGGUGUUCACGAGUCUCACCACGGAGCAGAGGCACCCUCUCUUUGUCCAGCUGCAGAGCCUCAUCCGAGCUGCCAACCCUACGGCAGCCUUCAUUCUCGCUGAAAAUGGGAUUGUCACCAGGAAUGAGGACAUUGAACUGAUUCUCUCAGAAAAUAGUUUUUCAAGUCCUCAGAUGCUACGCGCUCGAUACUUAACGUACCCUGGCUGGUACGAAGGUAGAUUUGAUGCUGGAUCAGUCUUCCCUCUGAUGGUUCAGAUCUGCGUGUGGUUCGGCCGGCCCCUAGAGAAGACUCGCUUUAUAGCCAAGUGUAAAGCAAUUCAGUCCUCCAUCAAGCCAAGUCCCUUCUCUGGAAACAUCUACCACAUCCUGGGCAAAGUGAAGUUCUCAGACUCUGAGAGGGUCAUGGAGGUCUGUCACAACACCCUGGCGAAUUCCUUGAGCAUCGUUCCAGUUUUGGAGGGACCCACACCACCGCCCGACCCCAGAAACACACCCCAAGAUGGCAGCAGACAGCAGGAAUGCUACCUUGUGUUCAUCGGCUGCUCCCUGAAGGAAGACACUGUCAAGGACUGGUUGCGGCAGUCAGCUAAGCAGAAGCCUCAGAGGAAAGCCUUGAAGACCAGAGGAAUGCUGACCCAGCAGGAGAUCAAGAACAUCCACGUAAAACGCCACCUGGACCCAUUGCCUGCAGGCUACUUCUAUAAUGGCACCCAGUUCGUUAACUUCUUUGGUGACAAGACUGAUUUUCACCCACUCAUGGACCAGUUCAUGAAUGACUAUGUGGAAGAAGCCAACCGGGAGAUCGAGAAGUAUAACCGUGAGCUGGAGCAGCAGGAGUACCAUGACCUGUUCGAGCAGAAGCCCUAGAGGGAGGCCAGGCAGUGCUCCGGCAGUGUCUGCCCUGAGAGGACCCAAUAGGUCCCCAGGCGGGGCUGGACUCGUUCUCCUUGGUCUCUGUGUGCUGCCUUGAGUGUGUGUCUGCUUUCCUCUCUCUACAGCUCUGAAGAGCAUCACCUGCACCCCUGGUGGUGGGGACGGGGGCCUCUUCCAGAAGAGCAGCUGGGCCUGGCCGCUCCAUGGCUGGCAGCUGGCGGCACCAGACCCUGGCUCCCUGCUGAAGGCACCUUCUGUGACUGCUGAGGCACUGUGGGAGCACCAGCCUGCCCCGAGGAGCUGCUGGGAAUUAGAAGGAUCCCUCCUCUGCCCUCUAGCUGGGGGGCCGGGCCAGGCCUCAGGCUCCUGGUGCUGCCCUUGGAGAGCCCACAGCACUAGGAGGAUAGCUGUCCUCCCUGCUUAGGCUCCUGCUAUUCAAGGAGCCGGCUGGCCUGGCCCAGUACAGGCUGUCUGGGCCCAGACCACGGCUUGUUCUCAAAUGAGGGAUUUCUCCACAGCCAAAACUGAGGGAGAAGCAUGUGGCUUCCCAGAAGCGCGUGUCUCUCCAGCUGACAUAAGCAUCCCUUAUGAUAGCUCUGGAAGUGUCUGUACGACCACUGAGAUUUCCUACUUCAGGGACAAGAACAAGCCUGAUGCCCCGGUCCCCGCCCUCCUCAUCCUUCCCCCC